AUGGCCACCCGAGCAGUGCAGAAGACGGGCUCGACCGUGAAGCUCCGCCAGCAGGAGGCCACGGCCGCCAAUGUGGCGUCGCCCAAGGGCAUCUCCAUCAAGACGCCGGGCAAGAUCCCGGCCGCCGCGAAGGGAGGUGACCACUCGCUCGGGCUGCAGCGCCGUCGGCUGUCCGUGGUGAGCGACAACAAGCUCGUGGACGGCAUGGCUGCAGCCACGAUCGAGGAAGUGGACAGCAGCGCCCAGGCGCUGGCGGACGGGAGCUGCGCCGUCGUGGCCUUCGCUGGACUCUCCAAGAAGGGCUACGCGCCGUACAACCCGCGCAAGAAGAACCAGGACGCCAUGGUCAUCAAGUACGACGGCAACACGCAGUCGCUGCUUUUGUGUGUGUUCGACGGCCACGGAGAGGCCGGUGACGGCGUCUCUGGGGCCAUUCGCGACCGGUUUGCGACUGAGCUCUUCGCACACGCCAAGUUCGAGCGGUCCGGAAAUAUUCAACAGGACGCUGAGAGCUUGCGGACGGCCAUUACGGACACGCUGCGGUCUGUGGAGCAGACUGUGCUACGAGACCCCAACAUCGACACGGAGUUCAGCGGAACGACUGCGGUUGUGACUGUGGUGCGCGAUAACCUCGUCGUGGUCGGCAACGUCGGUGACUCGCGGAUCACGCGUGGAUUCGUGAAGCUUCUGGGUCCGUCGGGUCCCGAGGCGCUCGGCUGCCAGGAGCUGUCUAUUGACCACAAGCCCGACCGACCGGACGAGAAGGCUCGCAUCAUUGCCAGCGGUGGCCGCGUGUUCGCUGUCGAGUACGACGACGGCAUUGACGGCCCUCCCCGUGUCUGGCUCGGCCACAUGGAUGUCCCCGGUCUCGCCAUGUCCCGCUCGCUGGGUGAUGCGGUCGCUCACACUGCUGGAGUUCUGUCGGAGCCGGAGUUUACUACGCGAUAUCUCGACGAGAACGACCGAUGCCUCAUUGUGGCGACGGAUGGUCUGUGGGAAUUCAUGUCGAACGAGGAGUGCAUGGAGAUGGCCAUGGGGCAGCAGGACCCCAAGGUGGCAGUCGAUCUUCUGAUCAUGGAGGCAAACCGCCGCUGGAUGAAGGAGGAGCAGGUCAUCGACGACACCACGAUCAUCGUGGCUUACAUCGACACUGUCGGCCUGAAAGAUAGCGCCAAGGCCGCCUCAUAA